AUGGGAGAUGCGGGCAAGAUCAAACUGCCUCAUGUCGGCCUACAAACCGCAGAACAUGAGGAGAUUCUAAACAUCAUUGAUACCCUACGCUCGCAUGGUAUCAGUCGCUACGUCGAUCUCCCGCAACUGGUUGUAUGUGGUGACCAGAGCUCUGGCAAGUCCUCAGUCCUCGAAGCCAUUUCAGGCCUGCGUUUUCCCACCAAGGACAACCUCUGCACCCGCUUUGCCACGGAACUCAUCUUGAGACGCGGCCAGACCCCCACCAUCUCCGUCAGCAUCACCCCCGGUGACGAUUGCACUGAAAAAGAGGCGGAGGCGCUGCAGGCUUUCAAGCCUCCAUCUACCUGUAUCGAUGACUUCUCAACCAUUGUCCAAGCGGCCGAAAAGGCAAUGGGACUGGACGGUGGCGUCAAAAAGUUUUCCAACGACGUACUGAGAGUCGAGUUGUGUGGGCCUGACCAACCCCACCUCACCCUCGUCGAUCUCCCUGGCAUUUUCUGGGCUGGUGACAAGUUGCAAUCAGAUGACGAUGCAUCCAUUGUGCGCUCCAUGGUCGAGUCGUACAUGAAGAAAUCUAGAAGCAUCAUCUUGGCUGUUGUAUCCGCCAAGAGUGAUCUAGCUAUGCAGGUCGUCACCAAACUCGCACGAGAGAUUGAUCCGGCAGGCAACCGUACCUUGGGUAUCAUCACAAAACCAGACACUCUGUACGCUGGAUCCGACAGUGAAGUCGCCUUUGUCAAACUGGCCAAAAACGAAAACAUUCCCUUCAAGCUAGGCUGGCAUGUUCUAAAGAACCGUGAUUACGACACCAAGGAUGCUACUACUGCAGAACGUGACCAGUCGGAGCGAACGUUCUUUGAGGACAGAAUUUGGUCCACAGCCGUUCCUCUUUCUCAACUCGGAAUCUCUAAUCUUCGACCACGGCUUAGCAACGUUCUCCUCAACCAGAUCUUGCGCGAACUGCCAAAUCUCACGUCCGAUGUCCAGAAAGGCAUCGAACGCUCUAAACUCCAGCUUGAAGCCAUCGGCGGCCCCAGAAGUAGCCUGUCUGAGCAACGAACCUAUCUCCUACAAGCGAGUCGAACAUUUGAGACCCUCAUGACUGAUGCUGUACACGGAAGAUACACCAAUGCCUUCUUUGGCGAUGCCGAGACCAACCAGGGAUAUUCGAAGCGACUCCGAUCUGUCGUUCAAGCUGCUAUGAAGGCAUUCGCCGAAAGAAUGCGAAAGGAUGGACAUGCCGUCUGUCUCACCGAGACUGACCCUUCUCCUUCGGCAUGCAAUCAAUCAGAGGUAAAACCAAAUCCUAUGAGCCGAUCCGAAUUCUUAUCACAAGUCGAACGCAAGAUGGCUCGCAAUCGCGGCUCUGAACUUCCAGGUCUGUUUAAUCCCGAUAUUAUUGCAGAUCUCUUUGGCGACCAAUCCAAACCCUGGCAACGCAUCUUGAAUGACAGUCUCCUCGAUCUCCAGAAGGCAGCAGAGUCCACCAUCAGCCUAGUACUCCAAGCAGCUACCGACAAGGUGACAUUCGACGCCAUCUUAGGUCAUAUUAUUCGGCCUAGAUUUGAACUCGUCAAGGCACAACUCGUUUCUAAAGUCGAAGAAGUCCUAGAACCUCACCUCAGUCGCCGUCUUUCGACUUACAACCACUACUUCACAGACAACCUGCAGAAGAAAAGACAGGAAGGUGCCAAAAAGGUCAUUGCGGCGAGGCUCAAAAGUCACUUUGGUGGCUCAGAAGGUGUGUGGUACGGAAAUUCGGUCGACUUGACGGAUCUUCUUAAUACCCUCACUCUCGACACAGAGGUCGACAUGAGUCGCUUUGCCGCCAUCGAGGCCACCAACGCUAUGGAAGCAUAUUACCAAGUCGCUCUCAAGAAUGUCAUUGAUGCCUACAGUAUCUAUGCCGUCGAAACAAGCUUCUUGCUCAGACUAACCGACAUCUUUACCCCAACCGUCGUCUACGAAUUGGGCGACGACUUUAUCACUAAGAUCGCUGCCGAGUCGUCAGAGACCACAGCCGAGCGCACCAACGUGAAUAGGAAGCUCAAAGUGCUAGAGCAGACAAUGAGCAGUUUGCAGCGUCUCAGACCGAUGAAUAUCUUGACUUUGGAGAGUUUGGACGACUCAAAGACUGGCAGUGAAGGAUAGUACCCAAUCCUGUCGUUGAGCCCAGCAAAAGGAAGGAUGAUGAUGACUCCGAAGAAUACAACUCAAAAGAAGAAUAAGACUCCGAAGAAGGAUCUGUUCGGAGAAGACGACGAUGACUCUGAAGAAGACGACGCUCCGGCUCCGAAAAGACUUCGACGCUGAAGAAGAAUACCAAGGCGAGAGUGACAAGGAGCCUUGAGAAGAUGGCUUGUCGGUAUCAACGCCGCUGGAUAUUGCCAGGUUACACUCAGACUGUCCAGAUGGGAUGAUGGUCCAAAUCAGAGAGACGUCACUUGGUGAUUCAACACCAAUUGGUACCGUUGCAAGAAUGACAGUUGAAUAACGAAUAAAAGCCAAUCGUGC